AUGCACGCUAAGCAGCGCGUGCGGAUAGCCAGCACAGUGGAUCACAUGCGGGCGACAGGCUUGCUCGUUGGCGUGGUGAGCGACACGCACGGCGUGUGGGACCCAGCGCUGCGCGGCGUGUUUGCCGGCGCCCACCAGCUGGUGCACGCCGGCGACGUGGGCAACCACGGAGGGCAUGCCGCAGUGCUGGGCGCCCUGCAGCGCAUCGCCCCGGUGACAGCCGUGCGCGGCAACGUGGAUGACGAUGCAGCGGCGAUGAAAGACCUGCCCAUCACCGCCCUGCUGCACCUGGCGGACUGGUCUGUGCUGCUGGUGCACAUUCUUGAGUCGCCCGAGGCGGCAGCAGCCAUGGAGCAACACCAGCCCGAUGUGGUCAUCACGGGGCACAGCCACAGGUGGAGCGAAGCCACGGUGGAGACGGCGGCAGGCAGGCGGCAGCUGCGCCUCAACCCCGGCAGCGCAGGGCCGGCACGCUUCAAGCUGGGCCGCUCGGUGGCGCUGCUGGCGUUGCCGGAGCGAGGCAGCGGGGCCUGGCCCACCGUGCGGCGCAUUGAGCUGGCUUCCAAGGCGCCACCGCGGCUGCCAGAGGCGCGAGGCGGCGCGGCACGCGGCAUGCGGCGGAAGCAGGUGGUGGGAUGA